AUGAACAAGUUGCUGCCUUCUCCAUUUGUUCUGGCCUCUCGCCACUUCAGCAUCAGCGCAGCAGUUGCAAACUCGUGCGUAAAUCUCAAUAUUUAUGUUAUAACCAAGAAUUAAAAGCUUUCCUGCUUUUGCCUUUCGCGUACGUCGAGCUAAAAAAAUAUUUUCAGUAAACGGACAUGUCUCCACGAUCUACACAAAAAAAAUGGAGGGAAAAUGGUUGAGUUUGCUGGUUAUGAUAUGCCAGUUCAAUACUCAGAUUUGUCCAUCAAGGUGCCUAGGAGGACUUGAAAUCAGUUUCUAAUAUGCACAUUUUUAGGACUCUUCCCUUCACACGCGGAAGCAUGUGAGCUUGUUCGAUGUUUCGCACAUGCUUCAGACUCACAUCGUCGGCAAAGACAGGCUCGUAGAAGAACCUUCCUAGUAAUACAGGAAACUCUUCAGGGUGGCUUUCAUCGAAAGCUUGACAACGGCGGACGUUCAGGGUCUCAAGCCGAACAGUGGAACUCUUUCAGGUUUGAAUUUUUGGUUCUGAAGAGAAAAACGUUUUGUUCAGUAUUCACAAACGAGAAAGGCGGCAUCAAGGACGACUUGAUCGUGACAAAAACUGAUCAGGACUUUAUUUACAUGGUUACUAACGCUGGAUGCAUCGACAAGGAUCUGCCUUACCUUCAGGUAUUUUCAAGACACCAGUACUUAUAAUUCUGGAGUCUUCAGGAAAAUGCUGCCAAAUGGCGAUCAGACGGAAAAGAUGUGGAAAUCAAAACUUUGGAUGGACGUGGAUUGGUGGCAGUGCAAGGUAUUUUGAUGAAUUGUUUUGAGAGUUUCGUAGAGAGAUCUUGAAUGUUUAUAUUUCGAGUCUGUUUAUCGCCUAGCUCUUUGAGGACCCGCCAUGAGCAAAGUCCUUCAAAACGAGACCGAUAUAGAUCUUUCAAAAUUGACUUUCAUGACGACCGCUGUUGGAAAGGUACCUGGCUAUCUUUCAUUGUGCGAAAAUUAUUUCAGGUUUGCGGAAUCGAGAACUGCAGAGUGACUCGCUGCGGAUAUACCGGGGAAGACGGCGUUGAAGUUAGCUGAAAGUCUCAAUUUGCUAGUUAUUCUCAUUUUUCGCAGGUUUCUGUUGACCCAAAAGAAGCGGCGAAACUUGUCGAAAGAUUGCUCGCAUCAAACGUAAGUAUAAGAUGAUCCGGGCAUUCUUUAGAGUUUAGAAGAAAUUUUAGUUCAGCUUUAGAUUGAUUUACAGAAUCCGCAGAAGCUGAGCUCGUGCUCGGGCAAAACUGAAAAGCUCCCCAAAAGCUUUUCUCAAAAAAAGACCUUGAAAGGGUCCCCAGCAGAUCUUUUUUACAUCAUUUCAAUUCUUUUUUGCAUUUUUUUCAUAUCCUCUGACAAAAAGGAUGCUGGAAAGCAACUAAAAAGAUUCGAGCGGAUUUAAAAAGGAUCCUCUGAGGCUAUGAAAAAGGUGCUCAAAAGCUUUUUUACAUCAUUUUAGGAGCUUUUAGAGGAAGCUUUUUAUCUCCCUCUCAGGAUUCUUUAAGGAUCCUCAAAGGAACUUUCCAGUUUUACCUAUGCUGCUUACUUCUAUUGAUAAUGAUGAAUAUGAAACAUUCUAGAAAAAUUUCGCACAACUAUUAUUUUCUUCAAAAAGAGUUUCAUCGAAAUAGAUUUUAGUUACAUGAAUAAAUCGAUAUCGAUUUGAAAUUUUCAUCAACGCGGCAAAAAUAAGUGAAAAUGAAAUAUUUCAUUGCAUUUGCAUCUUUUUUAUAAAAUUCAUUCAUUAUGAAAUUUUCUACAUUAUUUUUGUGAGUCAUCAGGUAUGGCUCAAAAAACUCAAAAACUUAUCAGAAAGGCGACGUGAAGUUGGCGGGCCUGGGAGCAAGAGAUGUUCUACGACUGGAGGCAGGUCUCUGUCUCUACGGCAGCGACAUUGACGAGAACACGACGCCCAUCGAGGCUGGACUCGCUUUCGUCGUAGGUUGGUAGCGUGGUAGCGCUGAUUGACUUCUUCGACUUCAAGCCAAGAGACGACGUGAAACUCUCGACUUCCCUGGCGCAGAGAAAAUCGUUGGGCAGUUGAAGGAGAAGAAUUGGCCCAAGCGCCGCGUCGGACUCAUUGCCGAGCCAGGGCGAUCUCCUCGAGGUUUCACUUCUUUAAAACUUCAAGUAUAGGAGGAUUUCAGGGCACUUGCCACUUGUAGACCCACUGGACAAAGCCGCCAUCGGCUUCGUCACUUCCGGAUGUCCUUCUCCUAAUCUAGGUACUUUUGUAACUCUAGGAGGCCUCCUACCAAGCGAGUUCAGAAAAGAACAUUGCGAUAGCCUACGUCGACAGAUCUCACUCAAAGGAGGGAACCAAGUUUCUCGUCGACUUCGGAAGUAAACAGACCAAGGUGACUGUCACCAAGAUGCCUUUUGUCAAGACCAACUACUUCACGGGCAAGUGA